ACAACAAUCAAGCCCGUUUCAGUACUUAUAGAGUUAUAGUCUCCCACUUCCAUAAUCCUAAAAACCAACACUGCGACAAUAAAGAGAGAGUUCUUCUCUUUUCUGCUGCGUUGUGUUGUGCGCAGCCCAGACAGACAUUACACCAAACGCUGCGUUUCAAUCUUAAUAGUUCCUCACUUUUUCUCGAUUUCAUGUGCCCUACCAACCCCUCUAGCCGGAGCUCCACCUCCGACGACAGCGCCUCCGAUUCCUCCCACUGGAUCUCCGACUCCAUAAACGGUGGAUCACUCCGCCACGUGGACCUCGACACCGGCACUAACGGCUGGUCCUCUCCUCCCGGCGACCUCUUCCACCUCCGCUCAGAAAGCUAUUUCACGAGGCGCCAGAAAUCCCCCGCCGGUGACUACCUCCUCUCGCCGGCGGGCAUGGACUGGCUCAGAUCCCCAACCAAGCUAGACGACGUCCUCUCACGCGCCGACAAUCGCGUAUCCAACGCGCUCCGAAGGGCUCAGUCGCAAGGCAAAUCCCUAAAGAGCUUCAUCUUCGCGGUGAACCUACAAAUUCCAGGAAAGGAGUACCACAGCGCGGUUUUCUACUUCGCGACGGAGGAUCCGGUCCAAUCCGGUUCUCUUCUGAACCGGUUCAUAGACGGAGACGACGGAUUCAGGAACCAGCGGUUCAAGCUGGUGAACCGGAUCGUGAAGGGGCCGUGGAUUGUGAAGAAGGCGGUGGGGAGCCACAGCGCGUGCUUGUUGGGGAAGGCACUGACGUGUAACUACCACAGAGGACCUAACUACUUCGAGAUUGACGUUGACAUUGGGAGCAGCGCCAUCGCGAACGCGAUUCUGCACCUUGCCUUGGGAUACGUGACGAGCGUGACAAUCGAUAUGGGAUUCGUUGUGGAGGCGCAGGCGGAGGAGGAAUUGCCGGAGAGACUAAUUAACCACAAUUUUCUUUUGUUUAUCAAAAAAAAAAAAACAGUUGUAGAUUCAUUUGCCCUAUUUUUAGGGGGUUUUUUAGGGAUUUGCUGA